AUGAAAUAUUUUUCAACAAGAGGCUCCCCAAAUCUUCAUACCUUCUCAGAAGCAGUCUUAAUAGGAUUGUCUAAAGAUGGUGGACUUUUUAUCCCACAGACGACACCAGCACUACCUUCAGACUGGAAGACUGCUUGGUUAAAGCAUUCGUUCACCUCUUUGGCCUUUGAAAUAUUUUCACUUUAUAUACCUGAUAAUGAAAUUCCUCGAAAGGAUUUAGGAAAGUUAAUUAAUAAAUCAUAUUCAACGUUCAGGACGUCUGAUAUUACACCGUUAAAAAAAAUCAAAGAAAAUCUUUAUAUAUUAGAAUUAUUUCAUGGACCUACAUUUGCUUUCAAAGAUAUUGCGUUGCAAUUUUUGGGAAAUUUAUUUGAGUAUUUAUUGGAAAAAAAGAACUUGGAAGAGAGUUUAGACGGAAAAAAUAUAACCAAAAAAGAAAGGAUUACAAUUCUUGGAGCUACUAGUGGUGAUACUGGAAGUGCAGCGAUUUAUGGAUUACGAAAUAAAAAAGAUAUUUCUGUAUUUAUUCUACAUCCCCGAGGCAAAGUGUCACCCGUUCAAGAAGCUCAAAUGACCAGCAUACUGGAUAAGAAUGUUCAUAAUCUCGCAGUCGAAGGAACUUUUGAUGAUUGUCAGGAUAUUGUAAAAACUUUAUUUUCGGAUGAUCAAUUUAAUAAGAAGCACCGUCUAGGUGCCAUAAAUUCCAUUAAUUGGGCAAGAAUUUUAGCACAAAUCGUAUAUUAUUUUCAUUCGUAUUUUCAACUUUUUUCAUCGUUAAAUAUUUUGCCAAGUUCCCCUGAAGCCAGUAAUAUCUGUCUUCAAUAUUGUGUUCCAACGGGUAAUUUUGGGGACAUAUUAGCAGGUUAUUAUGCUAAACGUAUGGGAUUACCAAUCGAGACACUAGUGGUAGCUACAAACUCCAAUGAUAUUCUAGAUAGAUUUUUUAAAACGGGUAGAUAUGAGAAAAUAGUGAAUGAUGAAGGCGAUGGAAGAGGGAAACACACAGUACAUGAAACAUUAAGUCCAGCAAUGGACAUUACAGUUUCAAGUAAUUUUGAAAGACUGUUAUGGUAUCUUGCGUGCGAGUCCAUUGAUAAUAAAUCUAGCGAAGAAAGAAUGAGUAUUGCGGGAUCGAUUGUGAAAAGAUGGAUGGAGGAUUUAAAAUCCAAACAGUGCUUAAUUGUGGAAAAAUCACAGUUGGAAUUGGCAUUACGAGAUUUCAAAAGUGCUAGGAUAUCUGACGAAGAGACAAAGGAAACAAUCCGUCGUUACUAUGCACCACAAGACCUCAAAACCCAAAUUUCGUAUGUUCUGGAUCCACACACUGCGGUUGGUGUAGCAGCAGCCGAUAAGCAAAAGAUUUCUUCGAAUACGUAUCAAAUUUGUCUUGCAACAGCGCACCCGGCAAAAUUUUCAACAGCCGUUGAAGAAUCACUAAAAUCAUUUAGUGGAUUCAAAUUUCAAGAAAUUUUGCCAACAGAGUUCGUUGGGUUAUUGGAAAAGGAAAAAAGAUGUGUAUAUAUAGAAAAAGCUGAUCCUGAAAUGGUUAAAAAAGUUAUUGAAAGCGAGUUAGGAAGGGAGAUCAUUUAA